GCUAAUGAAGAGGACAAAACUCCUAAUGUUAACACUGAUAUUGACUCAGUCAUUAUUAAUGAACUAGAAACGCUUGAGAAAAUUGCAGAAAUGAAAAAGGGUUUGAAAGUAGGUUUAGAAUUAAAACACGUCAUCUCGCUUUAUGAAUUAGGAGAAGACAGAGUAGCCGAUAUACUUAUUGACUGUGUUGAUUCGAAAUACAAAUGCGAAAUCCCAGUUGAGAUACACGAUGAACUGAUGAACGCAUGCGAAUUUGAAGAUACCAAUGGUAAACUCGGAAAAAUUCCUGCUGAAGCAUUCGCAAAAGCCUUGAAGCGAUUUGCGUUGAGAGUGUUAUCUGUAAAACCGGUUGACGAGAAUUUGCAACUCAAUUUAUAUUUGGGUCAGAUGAAUUUCUGGUCAGACGUAUCCGAAGAGAUUGUUGAUGAAUACUUCCCAGAAAACUUGCUUGUCGCUCAUAGUCAUUCGGCUUAUUGUGUGAUCAAGUUGAAGAUGGAUAAAAUACGUUCUAAGCAGCAAUUUAUGGCCAGCUCAAACAAGCGUCCUAUACUGAAAUCACCUACCACUAUUAGAGCGAAGAAAGCGCAGAAACAGAAGUUUGGCCGAGCAUAG